UUAAGUCACUGCAGUUCAAGCCAGGCACCCGAAAUGCGGAACUAUAUAAUAUUUUUAAUUCUUCUAGUGCCACGUAUGCAGGCACAAGGGGAAAACAUUACCAGCUUAAUUGAUGAAAUCGAUGAGUACUUCGCGAACUUACGCUGUCCCCAGAGUCUGAUUAAGCCAAUAGUUGUUGAUUUUAACGAAUUCGAAGGAGCACCUGAAAUUGAAUUGUCAACACGCAUGAGGACAUAUACGCGGUUCAAAUUAAUAGACACACUUCUCAGCAAUCCCGAUUUCAAACAGAAGUGCAGCAGUGCGGGUCCGUCAAGAGAACUUAGUGUUAUGCCCCGGACAUUGGGUUUAGUUAUGGACAUUUGGAGAAAAAAACUGUGUGACGUGCUAAACGUGUUUGAAAGUUGCGUACCCUACACAACACACUAUGUACCACCCCCAAACAUUUUAUUAUCGGAAACAUGCUCACCGUUUGAGCCAAUUACUUUAAAUUCUAGGUUCAGACAGGCGAAACGAAGGUUAAUCAGAUGCACCAACGGCAGACAAGAAACUGUCAUGCCAGCCGAGGAAAUAGAUGAUUCAUCUCCCAUAAGUUCCCCAAAGCCUGAACCAGAAUAUGCACUUUGCACGCCCAUCGACCAACAGAAGCAACUGAGUUGCGUCUUCAACAACAAAACAAAAAUCAUAGUGCCUAUGCAAAUUGAAGAUAAGCCUAAAGUUUCAUUUACACCGGCUCUAACGCCGAUGGGCAUUGGCGUGCCUGUUAAUCAAAAUAAUCUUAAUGUGGGUGUUAACACUGAUGGUAAACCAAAGGUCGAAUAAUUUCCAAAACUACUCCUUUUAUUACCCUUGAAAAUAUAUAUUUUAUAUGGUCUUUGGUGAAGAUGGAAAGGGAAUCAAAGCUUCUUCCCUAAUUGUGUAAAAAUAAUAAUUUCAAAUAUUAAUGUCUUAAAGGAUUAUAACUUCUUCAAAAAAUUGCAAAACUUCUUUUUAUUUAAUCCAUUUUUUGGAGUUACAGCAUCAUAACAAUAAUGAACUGAUUUUUAAAUAUUAAAAAAAUAGUGGGAAAGAGAGAUAUUCGGUAUUCAAACUCCUUAACUUCUAAUAGUCUCAGAGUUCUGGUGUUCCACAAGAACUGAAGCUGACGAGGUUGAUCAAGAUAAGGUUGGAGAUGCCUGCUUCUGUCAAUUACAUGCAUUCUCAGCUGGCACCUUUAAAUACAGGGUACAUAAAUUCCAAUAAAUACCAUCAAGGUCAUAUAAUAUUAUAUAAUUGCAGAAUAAUCGCAUUGUUCCACUUUUAAUUUGUUUUUCAUUCUUUUAAACUAAUCCAUGUGAGUCAAAUCCAUUUACAAAUAUUUAAAACAUAAAUAUAGGUCUUGCCUUGUAUCACAAUUAAAAGUGUUCAGACAA